UGCAGCUGACAGGUCUGCUGGCGGAGCUGAUGGUCACAGCCAGGGCAGAAAUUCUUCAUUAAACAAAGUACAGUAAAAAAAUCAAGGAAGCUUGGAGCCAUUUGCAAGAUCUAUUGAGUUGAUUGCUCACCCUGUCUGAAAAAGUCAUCAUUUGGGACAAGAGCCUGCUGCCAGCAGCUGCCAUGGCUAGCAAAAGAAAGUCAACGACUCCCUGUAUGGUACGAACUUCUGAAGUCGUGGAGCAGGAAGGCACUGAGGGUGUAGAGGCUCCUAAAGAGAAGGGGGCUGGCGCACCACAUCAGGACUCUAAAAAAAAUUUGCCCUCAGAAAGCUCAGUCAAAGACUGUGAAGUGGUUGAAGCAAAGCCCCCAGCUGAAAAUCAGUCUAAGAAACCCCAGGGUGGUUAUGAGUGUAAAUACUGCCCUUACUCAACACAAAACUUAAAUGAAUUUACGGAGCAUGUUGACACUCAGCAUCCUAAUGUCAUUCUCAACCCCCUGUAUGUCUGUGCUGAAUGCAACUUCACAACCAAAAAAUACGAUUCUUUAUCUGACCACAACACGAAAUACCACCCGGGAGAGACUAACUUUAAGCUGAAAUUAAUUAAACGCAAUAAUCAGACUGUUCUAGAGCAGUCAAUUGAGACCACCGCUAAUGAUGUUACUGUCACAAGUGGUGGGCUAGAAAACGCAGACUGUGGUGAUUCACUUCAUGGGGGAAUUAGUGCGAGUAAAACACCAAUGAUGAAACUGGGAAAGCCUAAAGGGGAAACCAAGAAGGGUCCCAAAAAGCCAGAAGAGGGAGUUACGGAAAACCAUGUGGAUGGCACACUGCCCCGCAUCAUAACUGAAGCCACUGAAGCUAUUGCUUGUAUAAACGGAGACCUUCUCCAUGAUGUGUUAGCCCAUGUUAUGCCCUCUGUACAGCUGCCACCAAAUAUUAACCUUGUCCCCAAGGUCCCGGUACCUCUGAAUAGUACCAAAUACAACUCUGCACUGGACACUAAUGCAACCAUGAUCAACUCCUUUAAUAAAUUUCCUUACCCAACGCAAGCAGAGUUGUCAUGGUUGACAGCAGCAUCAAAACAUCCAGAAGAACAAAUCCGAAUCUGGUUUGCUACGCAACGUUUGAAGCAUGGUAUAAGUUGGUCUCCUGAAGAAGUGGAGGAGGCAAGAAAGAAGAUGUUCAAUGGUACUAUCCAGGCAGUUCCCCAGACCAUCACCGUCCUGCCAGCUCCUUUGACAACUGCAAAAAUGCCCCAGCCUAUCAUCCAGACAGCUUUGCCUUGUCAGAUACUGGGCCAGACCGGUCUGGUUUUGACUCCUGUGUCAAAUGGCUCAACUGUCUCCUGUUCACCAAUUACACUUGCUGUUACCCCAAACCAGGGGCAAAAGAGGACAAUACAGACCUUAUCAAGUGCCCCAGAGGCCAAGCGUCCUCAUGUUGUUCAGGUGCCUGAGAUUCCUGCCAAGUUGACUGCUGUACCACUGACGCCAGCCAGCGAGCGAAAAAAGACGAAGGAGCAGAUAGCAGAGCUGAAGGCCAGUUUCAUGGCAAGCCAGUUUCCUGAUGAUGCAGAGGUCUACCGGCUGAUAGAGGCAACAGGUCUCUCCAGGAGUGAGAUCAAGAAGUGGUUCAGUGACCACAGAUACAGAAGUCAAAGGGGCAUUGUGCACAUCCCUGGUGAUGCUUUAGGAAAAGAUCAAAUAGCACCUUCAGCUGGUCGAUACGGCCGUUCGUUUCACCCAUACACAGAUUUUACUCCCCAGAGAUUCAAAGAGAAAACCCAAGAGCAGCUUAGGGCCCUUGAGGAGAGUUUCCUAAGAUGCUCUUUUCCUACCCAAGGAGAAUUGGACAGGCUUCGAGUGGAGACUAAGCUGAGUAGGAGGGAGAUAGAUUCAUGGUUCUCUGAGCGGAGAAAGAUAAGGGACAGCAUGGAGCAAGCCGUCUUGGACUCCAUGGGAUCAUACAGAAAAAUUAAAGAACAAGGAACUCCCAAUGGUGCAAUAAGCCAGGCAGAACUGCUGAGUAGCUCUCAGCUCCCCGGUGCUUUAUCUGGAUCCUCCACUACAUUUAAGAAAACCCAAGAGCAGAUUCAUCUACUGAAAAGCACGUUUGCAAGGACCCAGUGGCCAUCACCCCAGGAGUAUGACCAGUUAGCAUCUCAGACUGGGCUCACAAGAACUGAAAUAGUUCGCUGGUUCAAGGAAAACCGGUCUUCACUAAGAACGGGGUCACUUAAAUGGAUUGACCAGUACCAGCAGCAGCAUGUUGUUGAUGGUCAUAACGAGCAAAGCCAGAAAAAGGGAUCAAAACACAUUGAGAAUCCAAAGAAUGGUAAUGAGGUAUCUCGGCAGCAUUACCAGGAGCAUAAAAAACUGAAUGAAGAGAAUGGGGGGAAACCAGUGGUGAGAGCAAAAAGAGACUGCGAACCACUGAAAGACUCUUUGUUGGGGAAUCAGGCGGAGGGUACGGACAGGUUGGAGUGCAACAGCCACGACGGCCACGGCAGCGAGGAGAAUGAGGAGCCAGCGGAGGUCAACUGGGUGGAGGUGACGGUGGGUGAGGAUGACGCUGCAUCGGACUGUACAGACAGCUGGAGCCAAACAGCACCUGAAGGCCAGGCAGAGCUGGCGGACUUUGACUCUGAAAGUAUAUCUGGAGACAAUUCCCACGUAUAGACAGGGGUACUCCUCAAGCUGCACUGUCCUGACGUUGAAGGGGAAAUGCUGUCUGAAAAUA